GGCGGAGCCGCCGGGCGCUUAAAGGGGCCGCAGUCCGCCCGCGGCUCCGGCCAGGCCCUCCGCUCCCGGCGCCGGGGGUCCCGGCGGCCGCAUGAGCCGCGCGCGCGGGGCGUCGUGCCGGGCCUGCCUCGCGCUGGCCGCGGCCCUGGCCGCACUGCUGCUGCUGCCGCUGCCGCUGCCCCGCCCGCCGGCCCCGGGCCCGCGCGCGCCCCCGCCCGCGUCCGCGUCCGCCGCCCCCAGCCUGGGGCCCGACGACGUCUUCAUCGCCGUCAAGACCACGCGGAAGAACCACGGGCCGCGCCUGCGGCUGCUGCUGCACACCUGGAUCUCCCGGGCCCGCCGGCAGACGUUCAUCUUCACCGACGGGGACGACCCUGAGCUCCAGCUCCAGGGCGGCGGCCGUGUCAUCAACACCAAUUGCUCCGCUGUUCGCACCCGCCAGGCCCUCUGCUGCAAAAUGUCCGUGGAGUACGACAAGUUCAUCGAGUCAGGUCGCAAGUGGUUCUGCCAUGUCGACGAUGACAAUUACGUGAACCCUAAGAGCCUCCUGCACCUGCUUUCCAGCUUCUCACCCAGCCAGGAUGUCUACCUGGGGCGGCCCAGCCUGGACCACCCCAUCGAGGCCAUGGAGAGGGUCCAGGGUGGCAGAACUGUGACCACGGUCAAGUUCUGGUUUGCUACUGGUGGGGCCGGGUUCUGUCUCAGCAGAGGCCUCGCCCUCAAGAUGAGUCCAUGGGCCAGCCUCGGCAGCUUCAUGAGCACGGCCGAGCAGGUGCGGCUGCCGGAUGACUGCACAGUGGGCUACAUCGUGGAGGGGCUCCUGGGCGCCCGCCUGCUGCACAGCCCCCUCUUUCACUCCCACCUGGAGAACCUGCAGAGGCUGCCCCCGGACACCCUGCUCCAGCAGGUGACCUUGAGCUAUGGUGGUCCUGAGAACCCACAUAACGUGGUGAAUGUGGCCAGAGGCUUCAGCCUGCAGCAGGACCCCACACGGUUUAAGUCUAUCCACUGCCUUCUCUACCCAGACACGGAUUGGUGUCCCAGGCAGAAGCAGGGCGCCCCAACCUCUCAGUGACACCAAUGGCCCCGACCCACCGCUGCCUGGGCUCCAUCCCAGCUGCGGGAAGUUGGAGCCCCCCACAUGGCCUCGGUGGGCUCCAUCAGGUGCCACAGCCACGCUAGUGAGAUGCAGGUGCCUGGCAGACCCUCGGGCUAGUCUGGCAUCUGGGCUCCACUGCUUACUGCUAAAGGCGGGUGCCAGGCUGGCCAGGUGCUGAGGAGCAGGCUCCAGGCUAAGAUCCUGGUCCAACCAUGGCCAUGGCAAGGACUUAGCUUGGUAGGGUUGGUGGGGGAUGCCACCCUCUCUGCCACAGGCUGGGUGCAUGGCCAGGCAUUGCAGUGGGGACUCAGGCCCAGGAAGGCCGAGCUCUGCUCCCAGCCGCCAAGCCUCAUUCGGAGGCCUCCUGACUGGGGCCACAGACAUGCUUUUCUCCGCUCUGAGUUAUGGCUCAAGGCGCCUUUCUGGGUCCUGCUCCCGCCCCACUGUGCCUGGGCCCAUAAACAGCAGGAGCCUUUUGUCUGGGGCUCCCUGGACUGAGACCACUCCUGGCCCACCCGUCCCUACACACCCACCUCCCCGCCCAGUGGCUUCCACAGGGGACAUGGGACAGGGGCCAUCAUGCCCCUUCUGCCUCCUGCUUUGCUGUUGCCAAGCAUGAGUAAAGGCUCUGUUCUUACCCCA